GUUUUAAUCAUUAUGUAGUCAAUAUACUGUCAUCCAUAAUUUCAUUGUUGAUAAAUAGAAAAUCUGCUACUAGAAUGUGCCUAUAGUGUCUAUUCGCAUUGAUAUCAAUUCCGGAGGUAAAUGAAAGCAGGUUUCAAAGUUGGUCACGGUGCCUUGCGUAAUACGUACGCCACGACAGCCAAGUGAAGUUCGUUCAGUCAGCAGUGAACUGUCAGACGAAACGCAUGAAACUGAACCGAGAUUAGUGUUGGAAGAAAACCGCGUGGUACACAAUGGCUGACGAAACUCGAGCGAAGAUCCUGGAACUGGUGAAGGAACAGGGAGAUCUUGUACGAAAAUUAAAAGCUGCGAAAGCUGAUAAUGCUAAGGGAUCACAUAAAGCAGUAAAUUUAAAGGAUGAUCUAAAACAAUUAGACAAAGAAUUUUUGGAUGUCAGCUAUGUCUGUGGUUGGAUACCAACUACGUUGGAUACAAAGUUGUAUGAUUCAUGUGAAUCAUUCCUCAAUGGGGAAUUUAUGAACCAUCCUCAUCUGCAGAGGUGGUUUUCUCAUUUGAGAAGCUAUACACCUUUGGAGCGCAAAGCAUUCCCUGCUCCAAAAACCCCACUUUCACAGUUGGCAAAGAAAGUUGAACAGUUGACUAGCAUUUCUUUUCAAAACUCUAAAGGCCUUGAUGAGAAGAUUGCCGAAGAAGUCUCUAAAUUACUAGAUCUAAAGGCUAAGUUAAAUGACGAUAAUGCAGGACCACAAAAAUUUAUCAUUAAAACACCAAAAGGUACACGUGACUAUAAUCCCGAACAAAUGGCGUUACGCUUGUCUGUUUUGGAUAAAAUAAUAACGGUUUUCAAAAGACACGGGGCGGAGACCAUAGAUACGCCGAUUUUUGAACUUAAGGAAGUUCUAACGGGAAAAUAUGGAGAGGACUCUAAACUAAUCUACGACCUUAAAGACCAGGGUGGAGAACUAUUAGCUCUUAGAUAUGACCUUACGGUACCUUUCGCGAGGUACCUUGCAAUGACUAAAUUAACAAACAUAAAAAGGUACCAUAUUGCAAAAGUUUAUCGUAGGGACAAUCCAGCCAUGACAAAGGGACGAUAUCGCGAAUUCUAUCAAUGUGACUUCGAUAUAGCUGGUCAGUAUGAUUUGAUGCUACCAGAUUCAGAAUGUCUUCGUGUGAUUGCGGAGGCGUUAAACGCACUCGAUCUGGGUUCUUACAAAAUAAAGAUCAAUCACCGACGUCUCCUGGAUGGAAUAUUCGCAACCUGCGGCGUCCCUCAAGAUAAAUUUCGCGGCAUAUGUUCAGCUGUGGACAAACUAGAUAAGGCAUCCUGGGAAGAGGUGCGCAAGGAAAUGAUCGAAGAAAAACAGCUAGAUCCAGUAAUUGCUGACAAGAUUGGGGUCUACGUGUCGAAACACGGUCGCAGUGACCUUAUCAAGGAACUGAGAGAUGACGUAGAACUGAUGAAACAAGCGACAGCUGUGGAAGCUCUGAAUGCUUUAGAACUUCUAUUGAAAUAUUGUGAUAUUUACAAACUUACCGAUAAGAUCAGCUUUGAACUUAGUUUAGCGCGGGGACUGGACUAUUACACAGGGAUCAUUUAUGAAGCAGUAUUAAUCGGCGAUAAUGUUGAAGUCGGUAGCAUAGCUGGUGGUGGCCGGUACGACAAUUUAGUAGGAAUGUUCGAUGUCAAGAAAAAAAUAGUACCUUGCGUCGGGAUAUCAUUAGGUGUCGAGAGAAUCUUCAGCGUCCUGGAGGCGAAGAUAGCAAGUUCUGGAGUUAAAACACGUACAACGGAAGUGGAUGUUUUUGUAGCAACAGCUCAAAAGAAUCUCCAUGAGGAACGGAUGCGACUAAUUACUGAUCUUUGGGAUGCGGGUCUGAAUGCUGAGCAAUCUUAUAAGAAAAGUCCAAGAUUACUGGAUCAGUUGCAGCACUGCGAAGAAUACGGAAUACCACUAGCUAUCAUCGUCGGCCAGAGUGAGCUUGCUCGUGGGGAAGUUACUCUAAGAGAAAUAAAAACCCGCAUCGAAAAGGCAGUACCCCGUGAAAAACUCAUUUCUGAGAUCCGCCAGUGGAUAAAGAAUUCACAAAAGGAAUUCUAGUUCAUCAAUUUUCUAAUCCUUAAUUCUCACCUGAUUAGUUAGUUACACCUCUAUACGGGGAUUGACACAAUCCUCACUCUGGAGCAUCUUCAACAACUUAUGAUUUUACACUUGUCACGGAACUUCAGAGCUGCAAGGAAUGCUUGUCGCUAUAGCUAGAGAAAACCAACUACACUUUUUAACUUAUUGCACCAUCAUAAAUCUUUUUACUUUCCCUCCGAAUAAAUCACGCGUUCAGUUUAUGCUA